AUGCCUCCGGGUCGAAAAAGAACAAGUACAAGUAGUAAAUCUUCUACUUCUACUAAUGGUCAACAUUCUCCAAAACAAUCACCUUACGAAUGUGGAAAUGUUGUAUGGUGCAAAUAUAAAAAAUAUCCAUAUUGGCCUGGUAUCAUAUGGGAUAAAACCAACAAACCAACUCGAACUCUCUAUGAAGUCCUUUUCUUUGGAACAUUUAGCCUUGGAGUAUCCAUCGAUCGUAAAUGGUUAGAACCGUACGAAGGUGUAGCUGAAUUCAAAAAACGUAUUCAGGAAUUAAAAGCUGCCGAAAUACUGAUAAAGAAUAAAACGAGUCAAUACGACAUGAACAUCACAUUAGCAAAUUUAGAAUCGUUUCAAGAAGCGGUUAAACAAGCAUCGAAAGUGUUGAAAUGUUCCAAUCCAUCUGAAAGAUUGAAAUUAGCUGAUAAUAUGCGUAAAGGUGUCACAUGCGAUUUUUUCCAAUUAGAUAUCGAAGACGUAGAUGACGAUGAGCAAGAAGAAAACGAAGAGAAUGGAGAGGAAGAUCAUGAAGACUCGAAUUCUGUCAUUGCUGACGAGAAUACUUCACUUGCCCCAGUGUCUUCCAUACAAAAUGAUCAAGAGUUUAUUCAAACAAUGAUUAGACAAGGAAAACGAAAGCGAAAAUCAGAAGAUGAACAUAGUUUAUCUAAUGGGAAAAUACGUCGAAUAACGAUUAAAAACGAGCCUGAACAGCCAUCAAGUAACCCACCACCAUCGAUUCUAUUUCGACAUUCCAAUGAACAGCCCAUAGUUAUGUGCUCGAACUUUGUUUGUCAUAGUCUGUCACCAACUGAGGAAACUUUCAUAUUAGAUGCAAUCGCACGUGCGGGCUCCAAUUGUACGUUUUUCGAAGCAAAACAAGUUGCUGAAGAAAUGUAUUCGAAUAUCAUCUGUGUGAAUAAUACCAACCGACCAUUACCUGUUAGCGAAGUCUGGUUCUAUUUAUUUUUCUAUUUACAUUGUGAGAAACUAUUCUCCGCACAUCCACACUGGCUUCAUGAUCUUGAAAAUACCAAAACAUCUGUUCAUUAUCUACAUGAACAACAACAGCAAAUAAUUCGUCUGAUGAAAACUUAUCUUUGUUAG